GGCGCGCAGGUGGCUGCGCAUGCGCGGGUGGCGCAGGUGAGGCUGCGGCGCGUGGGGCUCGGCCGUUACCUGGCUGCGGCAGGUGGCCCCGCCCCGCUGACCUAAUGAUGCCCAGAAGUGAGGCUGACACCUUCCUGGCAGUGAACAAGACUGAGAAGAGGACUGGAUGCAAUUCUGCCAGCCUUGCUGUUGUGCAACAGUCUCAGUUGGGUGGAUUUUCAAGUUGACUUGAAAAAACAGCAGAGGAAGAUGUUUCACAUUGUUCGGUAUCAGCCUUUAAGACUAAUAACCCAAAACACUCUUUCUAGCAUGUGUUUAAAACUGAUGUUUUCAAGACCUCUAGCUUUCGCACCGAUAUGGAAGUUGUGGUUCUCAAGCCAUUCUCUCAUUGGAAACAAGAAUAUUAUCCUAAUGGGACCUCCAGGUGCUGGGAAGACAACAGUAGGGAGAAUAGUAGGUCAGAAACUAGAUUGCCCUAUCAUAGAUGUAGAUGAUGAUGUCCUUGAAACAACUUGGAAUAUGAGUGUGUCAGAAAAGCUGCAGGAUGUUGGUAAUGAGCAAUUUUUAGAGGAGGAAGGAAAAGCCCUGUUGAAGAUUGCAGCAUCUGGAAGUGUAAUUUCCCUUACUGGGUCCAAUCCAAUGCAUACUGCUGGCAUGCAGCAUGUGAAGAAAAAUGGAAUAGUUGUAUAUCUGGAUGUACCCACAGCAGUCAUUAUGCGCAGGCUGAAAUUAAUGAAAGUGGAUCGCAUUGUGGGCCAGGGCUCUGGUAUGUCUCUCAAGGACAUACUUCAGUUUAGGAAGCAGUUUUACAAAAGGUGGCAUGAUAUCCGUGUUCUUUGUGGAGGAGAGCUUACACCAGAGGCUAUAGCAGAAAAGGUACUUGAUGCAGUUAAGAGAUAUCAAAACUCAGAACUGGAAACUUUUAUUUCAACUAGGUCUAGUAGGUCUGGAAAUUGUAAGCAAAAAGACUCUUCUAAAUAUUUCAGUGACGUUGUCACUGAGGGUUUAGCCCCUGAUGGGGGACUCUUUAUUCCUGAGAGCGGACUUCCAAAAUUAACUGCUGGAGAAUGGCAAAGCCUGAUAGAAGCAACUUAUGUUGAAAGAGCCCAGGUAAUACUGGAAAAGUGCAUACAUCCUGCUGAUAUACCUGCUUCUACACUGGGAGAAAUUAUUGAGACUGCUUAUGGAGAAAACUUUACCUGUUCUAAAAUUGCCCCAGUUCGGCAUCUGACAGGCAAUCAGUUUCUCCUUGAAUUAUUUCAUGGACCAACAGCUUCAUUUAAGGAUUUUGCAUUACAGAUGAUGCCACAUGUAUUUGCGUACUGUGUUCCCAGAAGCUGCAAUUACUUGGUUCUGGUAGCUACUUCUGGAGACACAGGAAGUGCUGUCUUAGAUGGCUUCAGUCGUCUCCAUGAUGCUGACAAACAGAGAAUUGCUGUGAUGAAUUUUUUCCCUGAGGAUGGAGUAAGCCAAAUUCAAAAAUCACAGAUGAUUGGCUGUCAGAAAAAAAAUGCCUGGUCAGUAGGUGUCAAAUCUGAUUUUGACUUUUGCCAGACAGCAAUAAAACAAAUCUUUACUAAUUCUGAUUAUACUGGCUUUCUUACUGUAGAAUAUGGAACAGCUUUAGCUGCAGCAAACUCAAUAAACUGGGCACGGCUGCUUCCUCAGAUAGUUUAUCAUGCCUCUGCAUACCUUGAUCUUGUUCAUCAAGAUAUUAUUGCUUUUGGAAGCCCUGUAGAUGUUUGCAUUCCUACAGGAAACUUUGGCAACAUAUUAGCUUCAUUAUAUGCUAAAAUGAUGGGAAUUCCUAUUAGAAAGUGCAUUUGUGCUUCCAAUGAAAACAAUGUUUUGACUGAAUUCAUAAGAACAGGUAUUUAUGACUUGAGGGGAAGAAAAUUAAUUCCCACUUCAUCACCAGCAGUAGACAUUUUGAAGUCCUCCAAUCUUGAACGAUAUUUGCACCUGAUUGCUAAUGGUGAUGGACAACUCAUGACACAAUUAUAUAAUCAGCUGGAAAAUCAGGGCCACUUCCAGCUGCAGAAAGAUUUACUUGAAAAGCUUCAGCAGGACUUGGUGGCUGGGUGGUGCUCUGAGGAGGACUGUCUAGCUGCCAUCCACUCUGUAUACAGUACUACGGGGUACAUUUUGGAUACACACACAGCUGUUGCUAAAGUAGUUGCAGACCGAUUACAAGACAGAACUUGCCCAAUUAUUAUUUCAUCUACAGCUCAUUAUUCUAAGUUCGCACCUGCUAUCUUGAGGGCUUUGAGGAUUGCAGAAAUAAAACAGAAUCCAUUAAGUCAGCUUCACUUGCUGAGUUCUUACAGCCCUCUGCCUCCAGUCCACUGGGGCCUAUUAGAGACCCUGAAAAAGAAUGAGAAUGAGGAUCAUCAGAUCUGUGCUGCUGAUACAAGUAUGCUGAUGUCUCACAUAGAAGCCUUAAUUCAGAAUCAUUUUAUGAAAGUUUUCUGAGUAAAUUGUCUAAACUAUCAGACAUCUACUGUGCCAAUUGCAAUACUUUCAUGGCAAAAUGCAUGUUUAAUAAACUCCAUCCAUUUCACAGCAUAAAUUUGAGAAAGUUGUAUUCAAUUGCCAAAUUUUCAACAAUAUAUUUGAAGUAAUGCAUGUGAGAAUUCUAGUAGCAGUAAAAGAUUCUGAGUAAAGAGGAUCAAAAGCCUGGAAUAUGCAGGUCGUGCGUGGUACAGACAGCAGCAGUGCAGGCUUUCCUUGGCAAUGCUGCUUCCUUCAGGAGCCUGAAGCGUUCUCCGCGGAAGGAGAAGGUAAUGCAGUCUGACCUUUCUGAGACCGAUAGCUCUGGCUUUGUGAAAACGAUACCAUCACUUGGUCAGUGCGUGGUUAGUUAAACUGUAACUCACUUCAUUUGGGGUAUUGAAACAUUAUCAGAUACUAUAAUCGUGUUUGUUUGUUCCCAGUGAGGGUUGAUUUCACUACAGAGAUUCAAGUAUAAAUGUGUUGUUAAACCCUUGAAACAUCCAAUUUGAUACAGUCAUGUAUAUUGUUUUUAUGUACUGUGAGGCCAAUGUUUAUAUAAAGUUUAGUUCUUUUGCUGUUUUUUCAGGCAGUUUUUCCUCUAGAUAUUUUCCUCUGUAAAACAGAACCCUUUGUUCAAUAUUUUUAGUAACUUUUGAAACAGUUCUUUAGUAUGUUCUA